AUGGAGUCUUUUCUUGCCGCGAGGGCGAAGUUGAACAAGUUGAAGAAGCUGGAGGUCCUUGGUGAGGGGUCCUACGGUGUAGUGCAUAAGGCGCAAAACGACGUGACCGGGGAGAUCGUUGCCAUCAAGCAGAUCAAAGGUUUUGGAGAGAACAAUAGUGGUAUAAGGCUUAAGGAUGUCCUCUGCGCCGGAAACAAAUCGUUUUUCUUGGUAUUCGAAUACUUUGGAAUAGAUUUGAAAUUGUACUUAGCUAGGGUAAACUGCAAACCAGAAGAAAUGUUGGUGAGGAGCUACACCAAGCAGUUGAUGGAAGCGUUGGCCUUCGUUCAUACCAACCGAGUAAUGCAUAGAGAUGUGAAACCGGAGAACAUACUAGUAGAUAAUGAGGGCAAUCUCAAGUUGGCAGAUUUUGGUCUGUGUCGUAAAUAUUCGAUGCCGAUGAAGAAUUACACGCAGAGAGUCAUGUCCCUCUGGUACAGAGCUCCGGAAGUCCUCUUUGGUUCGUCCAUGUAUGGACCGAAAAUAGAUAUGUGGGGUGCAGGAUGCGUGAUGGCCGAGAUUAUAAACUACGAAGUCAUGUUUAAAGGAUACUCAGAAAUCGAACAGAUCACCAAGAUAUGCAAGGUGCUAGGAAAUCCCGACGAAGGUGAUCCCAUGCUGGGAUGCUACAAUCAUAUCAAUUUCGAAGCAGGCGAAUUCGAAUUAUUUAAGAAGGCUAAAGGUGUUGGCGCUCAUGUAGACUGUCAUAGUCAGGAACAACUAAAAUUCCUAGAGAACAUCAUAGUUUUGAAGCCGCUUAUGAGGAAGAGUGCAAUGGAAUGCCUCAGGAUGGAUUACCUUAAGAACGUGGAGAAGGUUUUACCAGUGCAGUGGUGUUUCAAUAAGAACUAA